AUGAUAUUGAUGUGUAUAGUAUUCUUUGGUAAAGGGAGUGGAGCUCGUCUUCCAGAGAUUGGUGUAAUUAGCUAUUGGGAUCUCGAACUAUACAAUAAGCUUCCACCCAAAUCUCUCGCCUUGAUUAAUCCAGACAACGGAAUAUUCACUGGUCAAACCAGAAACUUGGCCACUAAUUUAAACGCCUAUAAAGACAUCGUCGCCGAAGCUAGCAAGAAACAAGUACGUCUUUUAGGAUAUGUGCCGACAGGCUAUUUUAACCAUAAGUGUAAUAUCCGUACAAAGUGUCAAACCCUUGGUAGGAUCGAUGCGCAAGUAAAAGCAUAUUUUCUUCACUUCCCCAAGCUCAGCGGUAUCUUCUUCGAUGAAACAUCGCUAGAUCCAUGGGACUGCUCCGCUUUCACCGGUGAAUACAAAAGUUUGCGCAGCAUUGUGAGGAAAUACAAUUCAAAGGCAACGAUUGCUUUCAAUGUAGCAGUACCAGAUCGUUGCACUAUUGUUGGAUUAAAACGUGGUGAAAUUAUUGUCGUUUUUGAGAACAGCUUUGGCAACUAUACAAAAGAAGCAGCUGCAAUUAGAAAUUUUACUGAAGCUGCACAUAACGUUGGGGCUAUUGUAUGGUGUUUGAUUCAUAGUGUUUCUGAUAUUCGCUCAUUGCAAUCAACAAUUAACACUGCGAGCAAUAUGAAUAUCGAUUUGUUUUAUGCAACCGAUAUUGAAGGGAAUUUGAAACCUAAUAUUACAUGGAAUUCCCCACCAACCUAUUGGGAUACCCAAGUGGAAUUACUGAAUCCGAAGCGAAAAGGAUAA